AUGGCUCCAGUUGUCCAUAUUUACUGCCACCUAUGUGGGGUGAGCUUCAAUAUAGCUCGCAGCCGUAGAGUUGACGAGCCAUUUACAGCUGCAUGGGACUACACCGGUAAUCAUCUGGGGGCAGAUGACGAAAUACUCUGGGAGGAUUGUGCCGAGAAAGGUUGCAGUUACGCUGUCUUACCCGGCAACAACGAACAAGAUGAUGAUCUUGUUAAUGACCCUGAUUACCUCCCUAGAGAGGAGACUAUGCAUGAACCGUACGAGUAUGUCUCUGACUAUGAGUCUACCGACGACAAGAUGCUCGAGGAGCCAGAGGAAGACACUACGGAAGAGAAUGAUGAAGACAACAUCGAAAAUCAGUGGUAUAGUGACUGGCUUUCAUCAUUCCCACCCCCAGAGGAGGCUUCCGGAGAGCCUAUUUGGACCUUAGAUACGGCCCCGAAAAACCAUAUCAUUUUACCGGUGCCCGAGAAUGGCGAAGUGCCCGAGAGUUCUGUGUGGGAGCCGGUUGAGCACAUUGCUGGCCCCGAUUGUUCGGAGGUAAAUGCGUAUAGUGGACGGAAAAUCUCACUCGAAGAAAUGAGAGGCUGCCGGACCGCGCAAUGCCUGAUCCACAAAGGCUCCUGCGGCAGAUGGCAGCCGGACGGACUCGAGCAGGACUGGGAGAGAUCAGGAGAUUUUUUCCUGUCUGGUCUUUGCGACGGUAUGCCAUCUCGUGAUAUGGGUGGCCCGACGGUAUUUCCACCAAGAGGCGGUAUUGAUGGUCCGCGAGUUGAGAACAUCGUAUGGGAUAAUUAUGAAGACCCAACCGUCUAUAGCAUACCCUUCCACCCGUGGUGCUUCGACAUUUAUUCUCGCCAAGCAAAGUGCCACUUCAACCACCUCAACCUCAACGGCCUGAUGAAGUGGCGCAACACAGAGUCAACAUUUGAAGAUUUCCACGAAUUUCCUCGCUGGGGAGAGGUCAUGUGCGCACAGGAACAGUUCUGGAGCCACAACGCUGGGUGCGAGUUCCUAGUUGCAAACCCGCUCUAUAUCCCCAAACUACCAUCUAUUCUACUAGCUGCCGUUAAAGACAACAAUGACUUCAGUCCACAGAAUGGAGCCUUUGACCUACAUCAAACGACUGAACGCGAUGCGAUGUUACUAGAUUUAAUGCAAUGCUCGACCGACCCCCUAUUAGCUCUACCACGAGAGAUCCGACUCAUGAUCGUUAAAUCCCUUGGGUCUCGCGAUAUUGCGAACCUGAGACUUGCCUCGAGAGCGUUCCAGCAGCUUCCAGUAUCUGUAUGGUAUCGUCUUAUUCGCGAGGAAAUGCCUUGGUUGUGGGAGGCCUGGGAUGAAAGCGAAUGCGUUCAUACGCCGUCGUUGUGGACAGCUGUUACUGCGGAUGAGGUCGAGAUGAUAUACAAGAUACGGGAACACCAAAUCAAGGUCGUCACGGAAGAGUAUCAAACAGGCGAGCUUGACCCAAACGUCAUCGACGAUAUGGUUCGUUGGCCUCCAGCGGUACCGCAUCAGAUAAAAUUACCCAGAGCAAAGACGAAUUGGUAUGAGGUUUACACUGAGAUUAAGCGAAAUUGGGGUGAACUUAAGGGUCUGAAGAAUCGCAUGCGAAUUUGGGAGGACGUGGAAGAGAUUAUUGGGCGCAUCAAAAAGUAUCAGACCUGA